GGUGGAAAAACGGAGAGAGGAGGAGAGCGUGAUUGUGUGAGUGUUGGAUGGAUGGAUAGUGCUACAGGAGCGCGCACACACAUGCACAGAGGCAAACGCACACACUCCGUGAAGGAUAGUGUGUGUGAGGCAGCCAGCCAGUCAGUCGGUGCGAGUGUGUGAGCCAUGUUGGAUGUGAAUGAACGGGAGGAGAGAUGCUGCCGUUGCCGCGCCGCUCCUAACGCUCAGACCUCCAGCUCCACGGACCACAGCGGGUAGAUGCCAACUCUCCAGGCCGACAGAGAGACGGGGGAGCCUGGGGGAAGGUGUCGGGCGGUGCUGGCGGCCCUGGAACUGGCCACCUAGCCGGUAAGAGGGGGAGAGAGAGAAGUAACGAAGAGGAGAAGAAGACAGGAAAGAAGGAAGGCGAGAAAGAGGGAGAAUAGGCAGAGGUGGAAGAGGGAGAAAGGAGGAGGAGAUACAGAGAAAGGAAGAGACUAAAUGGCUGCACCGCUACCGGGCUUCACCCCGCUCCUGCUCUCUUCUCUGGCACUCCACCUGCUUCUCCUCGGCCCUUUGUUCGCCUUCGCCCCGGGGACGGUGAAUACAGGAGGGGCUUCCAACAGAUGGACCCCGGGCCUCUGCUACCGAGACGCCGGUAAAGUGAGCCAGCAGCAGCAGUGCGAGGAGACAGGGGAGUCGCCGAAGGGCAGCUGGAAUCUAUGCCCAAGCAGGUGGACCGUAGUGCGAAUACAGACUGAGGGAUGCUGUGGAGUGCAGCGUACAGGAGGAUAUCAGACGGAUGGUGCGAGGGGGACACGGGAAAAAAGACUGAAAGGAGUCGGGACGUUUUGGAAGAGUGCAGGCGGUCCACUGGCUCCAUCACUGCCGCCGUCUCCACCUCAUCCUCUCCAUCCCGGAUUUAGGAGCAGGUCCGAUGGCGGCGCGGGAAUGAAGGAGAGAGGAGGGCUGGGGAGGAGGAGGAGGAGAAGGAGGAAGGGCGUUGUUUCACCUCCCGCUUCACCUGCUUUCACCUCCUCGCCGGCUCAGAACGGCAAGAAAAGGGCAGUACAAAGGACUAGAACGUGCGCGCAAUGGUGGCCGGCGUCGAGGCCACACCUCGCCAAACGUGGUGCCGCUGGAGCCUUUGUGCACUCCUCUGGUCUGCGCGGGGCACCCGGAAGUGAGGGGGGAAAGGUGUGGGAGAGGGGCCGUGAGGUGAGGCGAGGGUCAUUUGCAACACGGGUCUCCUCGACAUCCGGCCAAAUCCACCGGCCAAGCUCCGACAAACGAGCCCUCUCCCCAGCCAACAAACCCCUACCUGGCCCCCUUCCAACCUGCAGCCGUCCUCUGUCUGGAUAUGUUUCACCACAAGCUGAUGCUACAAACUACACCUUCAAACCCAGCCUCAUCCUCAGCAACACCUUACAUUCUAUCCCUGCAUCCAAACUGGACUGCAUAUAUCAUUUUUCAACCUCUGAUAAAAUCCAUCAACAACCGGUUUUAAGGAAGGAGGUUUGGGAAGCUGGCGUGGACAGGAGCGCUGGUAAUUAUUCUCAUUUGGGCAGGCACAAUGUUAUCGAUCCCAGCAGCAGCAACUGCAUCAGAGAGGGAGGUGAUGAUAGCUGGUUUCCUGGGUGCGUUAGGAACACAGAGAAUGACAGAGUGGCGAGGGCUUGGGGAGGUGAUGGGGAGGGCAGGGUCGCGUGCAGAUGUGCCAGGGCGCAUCUUGGGUUUUGGUUACCACCUCUGCGUAAUGCAGCGUCUAACCAUGCCAGAAAUAUGGAUAAGAGGAGGGCUGAGAGCAGAGAGAUAAAGGGUGGGAGAGGAGGAAGGGUGAAGCAAGGCAACAAACACAUUCAUUUAUCUAAUUACGCGGAUAAUGAUUUGUCCUUUCCGAUUCUGACGCUCUUAUGUAGCUCUUUUAAUGAGCUUCCGCAGGGGAAAUCAGUACCAGCGACCAGGGGCCAAACCCGGGGAGAGCGCAGGGAGGCUCCCGAUGGUGGUUUGGACAGAAGAGAAACGGGGAAUGGACAUUUAGGCGAGUUUAUGGUCCCCGAGGGAGGCGUAGCUCAGAAGAAUCUCCUCAUCCAAUUUCCCCUCAGUAGCAUGGCGGAGACACGCAGCCAACAGUUUAUAUCCAACAAAAACGCCAUUUCCGAAAUCCUAGCAGAAUAUUCUGGCCCGGCGCUCAGUCCGCCCACUCAGACACAAACAGACGAUUACGCACAGAGUGGAAAACUCUCCACAGCGCUCCGUGCUUCUGCAGAAAAAAUAGAAGCAACUUUAGAGAGGGAGUCUGCCAGUGACUCAGUCUUUUUUUUGUCUGCUAAGUUUCCUGUUGCAUCUCCGCGUCCUCUCACGCAGUCUGAUCCGAUUACAGAAACGCAUCUCUCCUUUUCCUCACAAAUUAACCUGACCGGAUGGCAGCACGACUCCCCACUACACUCACACUCCUCUACUGAGGACGUGAUUUCAGCACAGCGGACAGCUCCGAUUGUGCUAUUGUGGAGCAAAUUCAACAGCAACGGUAAUAAUAACAACAACCAGGAGGAGGGAGAGGAGGAAAUGAAGGGCUACAGCCGUGAAUCUGAAACCCAGAAAUCGCCUUGGCACGGUCAGACAAGACAGGGAGAUGUGUGGGACAAUGGCGCGCUGCAAGACACGGUCCCCGCAGCUGACAGCGUCUCUACCGACUGUGGAAGGGACAGUAGCGCGCGUAUGCAAUUAAAAUCCGGUAAGCAAGUGCCAUUAGAGUCCGGAGGUGUUAGACAUCCAGAUAGGCAGAUGGGGGAGAGGGACGCGGGGAGGGAGGGAGAGGGCUCCGAGGGGCCCGCUGAUGCUGCCGAGGCUGUUGCUGCUGCUUGGGGAGGAAAAUUACAGGUGGGGGAGGGCGAGGGAGAGGCGCGGCUGACAGUGGGGAGAGAGGAGGAAGAGGGAAUAACAAAGCAGGCAGUGGAGAGAGAGACAGACGGAGGGAAGGGUCAAGAUGGGGGCAGCAGCAGCAGCAGCACCACAACCAUCAUCACACAGCCAGAUAGCAAAAUAGGGAAGAAAGAGGAUGAAAGUCAUGAGGGGGGUGAGGGAGGAGGGGAGGAGGGGGAGGAGAGGCACAGUUCAAGGGGAGAGAGGAGCCUGGAACGCCUGAUAAUGCCACCAGGUGAUGAAACCUCACAGGGAGAAAGGGAGGUUUUGAUGCCUCGAUCCAGACGUGCAGCCAACAGACACCCGCACUUUUCCCUGUAUAACUACCAAGUGCAAGUAGCUGAGAACCAGCCGCCCAGCACGUCCGUCAUCCUUAUGUCCGCCUCAGACUCAGACGCUGGGGAUGCAGGCAGGGUUAGCUACAGCAUGGCCCCUCUGAUGAAUAGCAGAUCCUCAGAUUACUUCCACAUCCACCCAGACACAGGCCUCAUCACCACCACUCAGGUUCUGGACCGAGAGCACAUGGACCUGCAUUACUUCCGGGUCACAGCGACCGAUUAUGGCUCUCCUCGCCUCUCCGGCACCACGAUGGUCGCCAUUACUGUUGCAGACAGGAACGAUCAUUCUCCCAUAUUCGAGCAGUCAGAGUACAGGGAGACCAUCAGAGAGAACGUGGAGGAAGGUUAUCCCAUCCUGCAGCUGAGAGCAACAGACUCGGAUUCCCCCUCAAACGCUAAUAUUCGUUACCGAUUUGUGGGCGACACAGCUGUGAUUGCACGAGCAGCCUUUGAGAUCGACCCUCGCUCUGGUCUCAUUACGACUAGAGGAUUGGUGGACCGUGAAACAAAUGAGCACUACACGCUUCAGGUGGAGGCCAGCGACCAGGGGAAGGAUCCUGGGCCGCGAUCCGCUACUGUUAAAGUUUUCAUCACUGUGUUGGAUGAAAACGACAACGUGCCACAGUUCAGUGAAAAGCGCUAUGUGGUGGCAGUGAAGGAGGAUGUGCGGCCUCACUCUGAGAUCUUGCAAGUUAGCGCCACCGACCGGGACAAGGACAGUAACGCCGCUGUUCACUAUAAUAUCAUCAGUGGAAACAGCCGUGGACAGUUUUCCAUUGACAGCGUCACCGGUGAGAUCCAGGUGGUGGCGCCGCUGGACUACGAGGCCGAACGAGAGUACACACUCCGGGUUCGAGCACAGGACAACGGGCGACCUCCUCUCUCCAACAACACUGGGAUUGUCAGCGUGCAAGUCACAGAUGUGAAUGACAACCCACCUAUCUUUGUCUCCACACCAUUUCAAGCAUCUGUGCUCGAAAGCGCCCCAGUUGGAAGCUCCAUCCUCCACAUCCAGGCCAUUGAUACAGAUUCUGGUGAUAACGCCCGGUUGGAGUACAGGUUAACUGGCACCAGCUCUGACACUCCAUUCGUCAUCAAUUCUGCAACAGGGUGGGUUACUGUCAGCUCCAUUCUUGACAGAGAGUCUGUAGAGCACUAUUUCUUUGGUGUGGAGGCCAGAGAUUAUGGCAUGCCGCCUCUUUCUGCUACAGCCAGCGUUACUAUAACAGUGAUGGAUGUUAAUGACAACCGCCCAGAGUUCCUCCAGAAGGAGUACUAUGCUCGGCUAAAUGAGGAUGCAGCGGUGGGCACCAGUGUGGUGACGGUCACGGCUGUGGAUCGAGAUGUCAACAGUGCGGUCACCUAUCAGAUAACAGGUGGAAACACCAGAAACCGCUUUGCUAUCAGCACAGCAGGAGGGGCCGGACUUCUCUCCUUAGCGCUGCCUCUGGACUACAAACAGGAGCGACGUUAUGUUCUCACCGUCACUGCCUCGGACCGGACGCUGCAUGACACUUGUCAGGUGCAUAUCAACAUUACAGAUGCCAACACGCAUCGGCCGGUCUUCCAAAGCGCCCACUACUCUGUCAGCGUGAACGAGGACCGACCGCCUGGCAGCACUGUGGUUGUGAUCAGUGCCACUGAUGAUGAUGUCGGUGAAAAUGCUCGAAUCACUUACUUCCUUGAGGACAAUAUCCCACAGUUCCGCAUUGAUCCAGCCACAGGGGCUAUAACACUCCUAGCCGAGCUGGACUACGAGGACCAGAUGACCUACACAUUGGCUAUAACAGCUAAAGACAACGGAAUACCACAGAAAUCAGACACAACAUAUGUAGAGGUGAAUGUGAAUGAUGUGAAUGAUAAUGCACCUCAGUUUCUUAGUCCGAGGUAUCAGGGAACAGUGAGUGAAGAUGCUCCUCCAUUCACCAGUGUCCUCCAAAUCUCCGCCACUGACCGUGACGCCCACGCCAAUGGUCGGGUUCAGUACACCUUCCAAAAUGGUGAAGAUGGAGAUGGAGAUUUUACCAUCGAACCUACAUCUGGUAUUGUCCGAACUGUUCGACGUUUGGACCGUGAGAGCGUCCCGUUCUAUGAACUCACUGCCUACGCUGUGGAUCGAGGUGUUCCCCCUCAGCGAACCCCAGUCCACAUCCAGGUGACAGUCCUGGAUGUCAACGACAAUGCCCCCGUCUUCCCUGCUGAUGACUUCGAGGUUCUGGUGAAGGAAAACAGCGUUGUUGGCUCCGUGGUCGCCCAGAUCACAGCCACCGACCCGGAUGAGGGUGCCAACGCUCAGAUUAUGUACCAAAUUGUUGAGGGGAACAUCCCUGAGAUCUUUCAGAUGGACAUUUUCUCAGGAGAGCUCACUUCGCUCAUUGAUCUCGACUAUGAGGCCCGAAACGAGUACGUCAUCGUAGUCCAGGCCACGUCUGCACCUCUGGUCAGCCGGGCCACCAUCCGGAUCCGACUGGUGGACCAGAACGACAACCGGCCGACCCUGCAAGACUUUCAAAUCAUCUUCAACAACUUUGUAUCCAACCGGUCCAACAGUUUCCCCAGCGGGGUGAUUGGGAGGGUCCCCGCCCACGAUCCGGAUGUGUCAGACAGGCUGUACUACACCAUCGACAGGGGCAACGAGCUUCACCUGCUGCUGCUGAAUCACACCAGCGGAGAGAUCCGGCUGAGCCGAAAACUGGAUAACAACAGGCCGCUGGUGGCUCCCAUGCUGAUCACCGUCACAGACGGCGUUCACAGUAUCUCAGCCCAAUGUGUUCUCCGUGUCCUCAUCAUCACCGAGGACAUGCUGGGCAGCAGCGUCACCGUCCGCCUCCAGAACAUGUCCCAGGAGCACUUCCUGUCGCCGCUGCUGGGUAACUUCCUGGAGGGCGUGUCGGCCGUGCUGUCAGUGCCCGUCGAGGACGUCUUCAUUUUUAACAUCCAGCCGGACCUGGACGCAGCUCCAGGAGGGAUUCUGAACGUCAGCUUCUCGGCCGCUCUGCCAGGUGGACACUUUUUCCCCUCUGAGGCUCUGGAGGAACAGCUGUACCUGAACAGGCCAAGGCUAACGUCACUAACGCAGAUGGAGGUUCUGCCGUUUGACGACAAUGUGUGCUUGCGGGAGCCCUGCCAGAACUACAUGAAGUGCAUCUCGGUGCUGCGCUUCAACAGCUCAGCCCCCUUCAUCUCCUCGCCCUCCAUCUUGUUCCGGCCCAUCCACCCCAUUGCCGGCCUUCGCUGCCGCUGCCCCGUGGGUUUCACGGGCGAUUACUGUGAGACGGAGAUCAACCUGUGCUACUCCAACCCCUGCCUGAACGGAGGAGUCUGUGCCCGCAGAGAGGGAGGAUACACCUGCAUCUGCCGGGAAGACUACACCGGUGACCGCUGUGAGUUCGACCGACGGCAGGGCAGGUGUGUUCCAGGUGUGUGCCGUAACGGAGGAACCUGUCGGGAGCUUUCAGGUGGAGGUUUCCGUUGCGAGUGUCCUGCAGGAGGCUACGAGCGUCCGUACUGCACCGUCACCGCUCGGUCCUUCCAGCCGAAAUCCUUUGCCAUGUUCCGGGGUCUCCGUCAGAGAUUUCACCUCUCCAUCUCAUUAACUUUUGCCACGUUGGAGAGCAGUGGUCUUCUCUUCUAUAACGGACGCUUCAAUGAGAAACAUGACUUCAUCGCUUUGGAGAUCCAAGAGGGACAAGUGGUGUUCAAAUACUCCACAGGUGAGUCGUCCACUCAGGUGAGUCCCUACCUGCCUGGCGGUGUAAGCGACGGAGACUGGCACACCGUUCACAUCCACUACUACAACAAGCCAGCUAUACGCUAUCCCAAGCGCAGUAUGAGCGGUGAAGCCCAGGGUCCAUCGGAUGAGAAGAUUGCUGUGGUGAGCGUUGAUGACUGUGAUACUUCCUUGUCGCUCCGCUUCGGCACGCAGCUUGGAAAUUAUAGCUGCGCGGCUCAGGGCAAACAGACCAGCAACAAGAAGUCUCUGGAUCUGACUGGUCCGUUGUUUCUGGGCGGAGUCCCCAACGUGCCUGACAACUUCCCCUUCGGCACCAGAGAGUUCAUCGGCUGCAUGAAGGAGCUGCACAUCGACAACAAGCCGCUGGAUCUGGCUGGAUUCAUCGCCAACAACGGAACUCUUCCUGGCUGCAGCGCCAAACUGCCCUUCUGUAAGUCCAACCCCUGCCAGAAUGGAGGAACCUGCAGGGUGAGCUGGGAGACUUUCUCCUGCGACUGUCCAUUAGGAUACGGAGGGAAGGACUGCAGCCAUGUGAUGCCACACCCACACCGCUUCCUGGGUAACAGCGCCCUCUGGUGGGACCUGAAGAACGAUGUGACCAUCUCCACACCCUGGUACCUCGGCCUGGUGUUCCGGACCAGGGCGAGAGGAACCCUGCUGCAGGCCCAGGCUGGGCAGUACACCAGCCUGUUGUUUCAGGUGAUAAAUGGUCAGCUGGUGUUCUCGGUGACCCGCGGUGCGACCAGACCGGUUCGUCUGCGGCUGGAUCAGGUUUCAGUGGCAGACGGCCGAUGGCACGACCUCCAGCUGGAGCUGCGAGACGUUCGCAGCGGCCGCGAGACGCGAUACGUCGCCACGCUGAGGCUUGACUUUGGACUCUAUCAGGGUACAGUGAUAGUGGGAAAUGAGAUUCAUGGCUUAAAGGUGAAACAUCUGCAUGUGGGAGGAGUGCUUGGCUCCGGAGAGGUUCAGAAUGGGAUAAAAGGAUGCAUACAGGGUGUUCGUUUGGGUGUUCGACCGGACUCUCCUGCCCUUCCUCGCCCAUCCAGAGCUGUCAAAGUGGAGACUGGAUGUAGUGUUGGGAACGCUUGCAUCUCAUCUCCUUGCCCAUCACACAGCCGGUGCGCCGACCAAUGGGAGCGACACACUUGUGUAUGCGAACCUGGUUACUAUGGGACUGGCUGCACUGACGCCUGCCACCUGAAUCCGUGUGAAAAUGAAGCUCAGUGCCAUAGGAAGCCCAGCUCCUCCCACGGAUACAUCUGCGACUGCGGCGACAACCACUACGGCCAAUACUGCCAGCACGGGAUUGAUCACCAGUGUCCCAGGGGCUGGUGGGGAUCUCCAACCUGUGGACCGUGUCACUGUGACACCAACAAAGGCUUCGACCCCGACUGCAACAAGACGAGCGGACACUGUCACUGCAAGGAGUUUCACUACCAUCCACGAGGUUCCGACACCUGCCUGCCGUGCGACUGCUAUCCAGUUGGCUCCUUCUCGCGGUCAUGUGACCCAGAAUCGGGCCAAUGUCAGUGCAGGCCCGGCGUAAUUGGUCGCCAGUGCAAUGCUUGCGACAGCCCCUUCGCUGAGGUCACGAAUUCAGGCUGUGAAGUUAUUUACGAUGGGUGUCCUAAGACCAUCACUCAGGGGAUAUGGUGGCCUCGGACCAAGUUUAACCUGCCGGCUGCUGUGCCCUGCCCCAAAGGCUCUGUCGGUGCAGCCAUCAGACACUGUGAUGUGGAGAGAGGAUGGCUAGAACCGGAUCUUUACAACUGUACCUCACCUCCAUUUGUGGAGCUUAAUGCUGCUCUUGAUUCCCUGGAGCGUAAUGAGACGGAGCUGAACACCAUCCUGGAGAAGAAACUUGCCCACCAGCUCCGCGACGUGACAGAGUCCACCGCACGUCUCUAUGGCAACGACCUGCAGAUCACCGAGCGCCUGCUGUCCCGCCUCCUUACGUUCGAGACCCAGCAGAGCGGCUUCGGACUCACGGCCACCCAGGACGCUCACUUCAACGAGAACAUUGUCCGAGGCUGCAGCGUGGUGUUGGAUCCUGGUACCUCUGGACUCUGGCGGGCUCUCACUCAGAGUCAGAACCACAUCCCGGGCGGUGGUCCGGCCGAGCUGACUGAACUGCUGGAGCAGUACGCGCAGAACCUGGCCCAGAACAUGAAGCUCACCUACCUCAACCCCGUGGCUCUGGUUGCUCCCAACAUAGUCAUGAACCUGGACCGCGUGGAGAACCACACCCAUGUGCGGCGGCGUUUCCCUCGUUACCACACCUCCAUGUUCCGGAGCCAGGUGGUGUGGGACCCCUACACCCACGUCAUACUGCCCCCUGCUGCCCUGGUGCCACAGCGGCAGCAGCAGCACAGCUGGAAGGAAAAGGAAAGAACUACUGAGAAAGAACCCUCGACCAAUCAGAACGCUGUGUCAGCCCCUGUCAGCAUCUCGGCCAAUCAGACAGGAGAAUACGUGGCGGCCAGACGCACCGUUUCACUACCUGAGCCUCCGUUUACCAUCGUCAUCUUGCUGAUCUAUCGAAGUCUUGGUGCUGCUCUUCCUCCCAAAUACCACACCGACCGACGAGGAGUCAGGCUUCCCAGACAUCCAGUAAUGAACUCUCCAGUGGUCACUAUUUCAGUCUACAACAACCAGACAUUUGUUGGUGGACACUUGGAUCAGCCCAUCCUGCUGGAGUUCAAGCUGCUGGAAACAGCCAAUCGUAGCAAACCUCUUUGUGUGCAGUGGAACCACAGUAGUCCACAUGAGUUAGGAGGCUGCUGGACUGUCAGAGACUGUAUGGUUGUCUACAGAAAUACAUCUCAUGUCCGCUGUCAAUGCCAGAGACUGGGAACCUUUGGCGUGCUGAUGGAUAGUUCACAUAGAGAGCAGUUGGAGGGGGAUCUAGAGACUCUGGCCCUGGUUACGCAUUCUUCUCUAUGGGUCUCCAUGCUCGCCCUCCUCCUCACCGUCUUCGUCCUUUCCUGCCUCCGAGGCCUUAAAUCCAACACCAGGAGCAUCCAUUCCAAUACAGCGGCGGCCAUGUUUCUGUCAGAGCUGGUGUUUUUGCUGGGUGUCAGUCAGACUGAACAACAGUUCCUGUGUACGGUCGUUGCCAUUCUGCUGCAUUACUUCUUCAUGUCCACGUUUGCCUGGAUGUUCGUCGAGGGUCUCCACAUCUACCGCAUGCAGACCGAGCAGCGCAACAUCAACUACGGUGCUAUGAGAUUCUAUUACGCCAUUGGCUGGGGCGUCCCCGCCAUCAUCACAGGGCUAGCAGUCGGUUUGGACCCAGAGGGUUACGGGAACCCAGACUUUUGCUGGAUCUCCAUCUAUGACAAACUCAUCUGGAGCUUCGCCGGUCCCAUCGCCAUUGUCAUACUGAUGAAUGGAGGAAUUUUCAUGAUCGUAGCCAAGAUGUCAUGUAACCCGUCACAGAAGGAGACCAAGAAGCUUCCUGUCAUUGCUACUAUCCGAAACGCCUUCCUGCUGCUGCUGGUGGCCACCUCCACCUGGCUGUGUGGUCUGAUGGCCGUAAACAACAGCAUCCUGGCUUUCUACUACAUAUUCGAUGUCCUCUGUCUAUUUCAGGGUCUGUCGGUGAUGCUCGUCUUCACAGUGUUCAACUCAGAGGUUCAGGAGGCCUGGAGAGUUGCCUGUUUAGGUAAAAAGAGUCCUGGAGAAGAACCACCGAGACCACCACAGAACACAGUUCAAAACCCCUAUCAUAAUGCAUCUCUGUUGGAGCAGAGCGGCCUCCACCGGAUCACCCUGGGAACCUCCACCAUCUCCUCUGUCAGUUCUGCCAGAGAAAAUCUUUUAGCUCGACAGACUCUUGAACAAAACAUCGUCCACACCGGAGCCACUGACCUGGAUGUAGCCAUGUUCCAUAGAGAUGGAGGUAAGGACUCCGACUCGGACUCUGAUCUCUCCAUGGAGGAGGAGCGUAGCCUCUCCAUCCCUUCAUCUGAGAGCGAGGACAACGUCCGUCUCCAUGGACGCAUCCAGCGACGGUUCAAACGUUCCAAUCACGGCGAGCGUCUGCUCACCGAACCCACCAACAACGGCACCAAAGAUCUGGAUGGCAAUGACCUUUUGUCCUACUGGCCAGCUUUGGAGGAGUGUGAGACACACACUCUGCAGAAGUGGGGCUCAGAGCGCCCCCUGGGGGCAGAUUACAGCAAGGAUGCUGCCAAUAACAACCAGCCAGAUGCAGCGCUCACCAGUGGAGAUGAGAACGGCCUCACCCAGCCACACAGGCACCGCAAGGGUAUCCUGAAGAACCGCCUCGGCUGUCCUCCAGCUCUCCAGGGUCUCUCCACCAUGGGCCGAGUCCCCAGUGAGCUCAACUGGUAUCGGACCUCUACUCUGGGUCACCGAGGUGUUCCUGCAGCCUCGUACGGUCGCAUGUACUCUGCCACGGCUGGUGCUGGUGGAGGUUCUGGUUCUCUGUCCCAGCCAGCAUCCCGCUACUCCUCCAGGGAGCAUCUGGACUCUCUUGCCCGAAGGCAGCUGUCUAGGGAUCCACUGGGGAGGCAGACGGUUGGGGGUUCAAGGGACCGACUGGACUCCCGGGGUUCCAGGGACAACCUGGAUCUCUUGCCCAGGAGGAGAGACCUGGGACUGGGGCAAGGAGCCGGGCUGGGGGGCCUGGACCACCAGAGGGUGUCAUCGUCCAGAGAGAACCUGACAGGAUCCAGGGACAGACUGGACAACCACCACGCGAGCAGCUUCCAUGCCUCGAGGGAGGACUUGAGUGGAACUGUCGGACCCGGGAUGGAGAGCUACCUGAGUGGGUCGAGGUCGCAGCUGAACACAUUGACUCGGCGGCAGGCCUCAUCCCGGGAGCACCUAGGGGGGGCGCUGAUGACCAGCCGGUCAAGGGAGCAGCUGGAGACCAACGGAGUGGGAGCUCAGGUUCAGCCUUGUCGGGAGUGGCUCCGGACUCUGCCUCCUCGGCAGCCAUCGCACACAGACCAGCCUCCCUCGUCCUCCCCACCUCCCCCGAUCUCCGAGGAGCCCCAGCAGGAGCAGCAGCCUCCCUCGGCUCAUGCCAGGGGCCGGCUGGACUCUGCACCUUCAUGUAGGUACUCCCAGGGGCCGGAUGCAAAUCCAAACCCUCUAGGUCGGCAACCAUCCAGUGAGCAAUUAGAUAUCCUGACCUCCAUCCUGGCCUCUUUCAGCUCCUCUGUCCUCACUCCUCCCCAUGCUGCCUCUAACCCUGGUCCCAACGGCUCCGUCCAAAGACCCUCACUUUCCCCAUCACAGUCGGCCACCUCCCCCGACUCCGAAACCAACAGAAGUGAAGGACAGUCUUGAUGACAGCCCCCACAUCCCAUAGUGCAUUACAACAGUGCUGGAGACACAAGGGACAAGCUCAAAGGUCCACUGGGACAUUGGAGGACUACAAAACAAGCUUUCAAAUUAGACAGAGACACUGAUAAAAAUAAGCAUCAUCUGCAUAUGAUGGAACUGAUAGAACUCUAUCAUAUGCAGAUGAUGCAUCAAAAACUUGAUUUGUACAGUUCAACUUGCCCACAAACUUGUGGCAAAUCAAGUUUUUGACUCCUACCGCCUACUCAAAACUGCAAUGGUUCUUUGGACGUUGAGUCAACCACCACUACUACCUAAAGAAUGCUACGGACUAUGACAAAACUUCUCAGAUUUCAAACAUUAACCUGAACCAUGCAAGAUCAGUUGAAAAGGAAAAAAAAAACAGAAGCGACUGUAAAUAACAUUUUUAUACAUUUUGUAUCUUUUUCAUUGGAGAUGAAGAAGAAAUCUCUUGUGAUGUUUCUGUUUUGUUUUCUGAUUUUUCAAAAAUGAUUGUGUCCGUGUGAGGUUGUGAGUGAGGUUGGUGCGAGUGCAGUCUUUUUCAUUUGCUGAGGGAGAGAUUUUCCCCCGACGAAGAGUUUAAAAAAAAAAAGAAUCCCCCAAAUGUCUCCAUGAAAAGCAUUUUUUCCUCAGAAACUUCUCCUCACACCCAUCCUCAUCUUUAUGUAUAGCGACAGGGCUCCAGCAAUAGUAUCAACUGAGAUUACCGAAAAACUGCGAGAUGUUGUUGGAGUGAAAAUAUCAAAGUAUCAGGAAGUGAUUGUAAAUAAAGGAAGGGGUUAUUAUAAGAGAUUUGAUAAACGAGAUGAUUGUGCAGUGAAAGACUGCAAAAGUUCGUAGCAGGUGUUAAAGCUCAGUCACGAGUGUCAAAGUUAUCAGCUCUGUCAGGAGACUGUGCUGUUAUUGUGAUCCACUGUUAUAUGAAUGUGACCUCUAUCUGUGUAUCCUCGAGCCCGGUGCUGUCUGAACCAGACCAUAUCAGUCUGCUGAUAUUACCAGACCAUAUCUUUAGUGUACUGGAGGUGAAGGUUCAUAUCUCUGUCCGCUUCUCUGCAUGAGGCCAUAUCAAGCAACGACCGUUUAACCCCCCCCACCACCCCUUCCUUUUUUGUAAUACUUUGAUCCAUCACGACUCAACCUGCCUCAACGGGGACGCCUAAAUUUGGCAACUUUCCAAAGCCUCCUGGUGACUUUUUUGGUCAAAGUGACUAGCAACUAAUUUAGUGACUUUUUCUGGUGUUUUGGAGACUCUGACAUGAAAGGUCGGAUCAUUCUGUAGCUACUGUCUUCAACGAGCAGCAGGUGCUGCUGUGAGCUCCUCCCCUUCACAAAGCACAGGCGGUCAGUCUAGUAACCCCACAGCAGUCCCACUGUCUGAUUAGAGGAGACCCACAUCACGCCGCGGCCAGACGGAAGAUGAAUCGUGCAUGCACAAAGUCGCUGCAGAUCCCGUCCUGGCUUACACAGCGGGAUGUAAAUGAAAAUGUUGCUUCACUGUCAAACUAAAACAAAUUACUGCAUUUAGCCUCUAAUUCAAAAACACAUUUUGUGAGUUUCAUACUCAUUUUUUGUCUCUCUCACAACAUUAUUCCUCUCUCCUACAAUGUUGACUAUAGUUACAUGCAAACAGGAAUUAUGCAAAUUAGGCAAUGACAUCAUUUAGCAACUUCUAGCGAUUUUUAGGACAGCCAAUAGCAACUUCCCUUACUGAGGAGUUGACAACACUGUUCAGGAGAGUCAUUUGUCAAAGCUUCUCAUUUACAAAGACAUUCUUUGCAAAUCUAAAGCCAAAGGGACUUAAAAAUCAGUAUGAAACAUUGAUGUUCUGCAGUUUUGUGUGAUGACUUGUGCAGGUGUAAUUUUGUUUUAAUCUUUUUUUAUUAUUAUUUUACAAUAAUUGUGCCAUGGAAAGAAGUCUAAAGGGAAAAAUUCUUGUUACUAAUGAGGCCUUAGAUCUGCACUAGAAUAUAACCCACUGUUUUGGUUAUUUUUAUUUGGCUGCAUACUGUACAGGAAAUGGAUUUUGAUUAGCUCAAGUAAGCAGAUAAAGGAUAACAGGGAAGACAUGAGUCACACAUUGGGAACAUGAAAGCAGGCCAGCAGUAAUGUACGCAGCAUGGUAGCAACCUGAAUAUUUUAGCACAUGAAGCCAUUCCAGUUUUUUUUUUUUUCAUCUUUUCUCUGGCUUGGCUGGAAACUGGGAAAUUACCUCAGAAUAUCUUUCUGCAUAUAAAAAAUUCCACACAAAGGAGGCACCUUCCUUUAAAUCUAGACAAGCAAUGUGAUUAAUAUCCAUUUUUCCCCUCUCAUUGAAAGGGCUAUUCGGAGAUAAGGUAUCUCUCAAGAUCCUCAAGAGCUUCUGCAACAGUGAAACCUGUUUUGCAGAGACGUCAGCUAUGUCAACACUAAAAGCUUCUUAAGUGGUUUUGAGAUGCAGGUCUUUUCCAUCAGCAGCUGAUCCUCUUCUCACAGGUGCAGAACAGACCUGAAGGUAGCAACACACAAGACAGGCAGUUGCCUUGGAUUGUGGUGAACAUACAGUUGAGGUCAAAAGUUUACAUAAACUUGUAAAGAACAUAAUGUCAUGGCUCUCUUGAGUUUCCAGUUAUUUCUACAACUCUGAUUUUUCUCUGAUAGAGUGAUUGGAAGAGAUACUUCUUUGCCACAAAAAACAUUCAUGAAGUUUGGUUCUUUUAUGACUUUAUUAUGGGUUGACAGAAAAAGUGACCAAAUCUGCUGGGUCAAAAAUAUACAUACAGCAAUGCUAAUAUUUGGUUACACGUCCCUUGGCCAUUUUCACUUUGAUUAGACGCUUUUGGUAGCCGUCCUCAAGCUUCUGGUUGAAUCUUUGACCGCUCCUCUUGACAGAAUCGGUGCAGUUCAGUUAAAUUUGUUGGCUUUCUGACAUGGACUUGUUUCUUCAGCAUUGUCCACGUUUUCAAUGGGGUUUAAGUCAGGACUUUGGUAAGGCCAUUCUAAAAUCUUAAUUCUAGCCUGAUUUAGCCAUUCCAUUACCACUUUUGAUGUGUGUUUGGGGUCAUUGUCCUGUUGGAACACCCAACUGUGGCCAAGACCCAACCUUCGGGCUGAUCAUUUUAGGUUAUCUUGAAGAAUUUGAAGGUAAUCCCAUUUACUCUCUGUAAAGCACCAGUUCCAUGGGCAGCAAAACAACUACACAGGAUAAUACUGCCACCACCGUGCUUGACGGUAGGCAUGGUGUUCUUGGGGUCAAAGGCCUCACCGUUUCUCCUCCAAACAUAUUGCUCGGCAUUUUGGCCAAACAGCUCGAUUUUUGUUUUGUCUGACCACAGAACUUUCCUCCAGAAGGUCUUAUCUUUGUCCAUGUGAUCAGCAGCAAACUUCAGUUGAGCAUUAAAGUGUCGCUUUUGGAGCAAGGACUUCCUUCUUGCACGGCAGCCUCUCAGUCCAUGGCAAUGCAAAACACCCUUGACUAUGGACACUGACACCUGUGUUCCAGCAGCUUCUAAUUCUGGCAGAUCUGCUUUUUGGUGGUUCUUGGUUGACUCUUAACCCUCCUGACCAAUUUUCUCUCAGUAGCAGGUGAUAGCUUGCAUUUUCUUCCUGAUCGUGGCAGUGACAAAACAGUGCCAUGCACUUUAUACUUACAAACAAUUGUUUGCACUGUUGCUCUUGGGACCUGCAGCUGCUUUGAAAUGCCUCCAAGUGACUUUCCUGACUUGUUCAAGUCAAUGAUUCGCUUUUUCAGAUCCGUGCUGAGCUCCUUUGACUUUCCCGUUGUAGCAUUUGUGGGCAUUUGUAUCCACUGAGCCCUAUUUAAAUGACCUCAGAGAAGUAACCAGCUGUAGUCAGUCACUCACAAGAAGUUAAGAGGCAAUGCUAUGAAGCUCAUUCAUUGACAACUUUCUAAGUCACCAAAAUUGCUAAUUCAUGUUGCUGUAUGUAUAUUUUUGACCCAGCAGAUUUGGUCACUUUUCCUAUUAACCCAUAAUAAAGUCAUAAAAGAACCAAACUUCAUGAAUGUUUUUUGUGACAAAGAAGUAUCUCUUCCAAUCACUCUAUCAGAGAAAAAUCAGAGUUGUAGAAAUAACUGGAAACUCAAGAGAGCCAUGACAUUAUGUUCUUUGCAAGUGUAUAUAAACUUUUGACCAUGACUGUAAAUGUAUUUUUUUAAAAGAACAAAAAAACAAUCAAUGCAAGAUUGGAUUUUUGCUUUGCCAAAUGUGAAGUGGAUUAAAAAAACAUACACACAAAGGCUCAAAUGCAGCACAAUGAGCAGAAGAUAACAGGUUGUAAGGGGAACAAACUGGGUCAGAAACUCUGACUGCAAAAAUGCAACUGCCUUCCUAGGCGUGGAGGUUACUCAUCAAGGGAUGGAAAAACAUAGUGAAAAUAAACACACACCUCACAAACAGAAAGUGCGUAUCCCCCUGUGUGACAGCAUUUUUGCUAAAUAAUAAACACUCCAGUAGGAAGAACCCUAUCCAUCAAUCUGUUAAAGGAGUAGUACGCUUAAAAAAAAAAUCUUCAUUUAUUUUUUAACAGAACCGUUUUUCUCCAAUUAAUAUCUUUAAUGUCUACAGACAUGAAAUCUAUUUUAUUUAUUGCUAUUCUAUUUGAUGCCAUGUGGUAUGCGAGGCUGUUGUUAUAGAAGUAUGUGUGAUUUAUAUUUAUUUUUUUGUCCAAAUGUUCCUCUCUCUUUUUUUUUUAAAUGUAACUUUCUUAUGAUCUGAGUCUCUCAAUGCAACAAUUUCGCAGAUGGAAGAAAUGAAGGAAAUGUGAUUUUACAAUGUAUCCACACCCAGAAUUAAAAUCAAAUGAGUUUGUUAGAUAUUAAAAUUACAUUCCAAUCAAGAAUCUGGCAAAAUCUGACAAAAAAACACUCAAAAUUCUGUCUUUCCGUGGUGCAUUUUUCCUCUAUUGAAACAGAUCGAGAUUAAUCAUUGAAAACUGGGUGUAAAUACUGCAGUUUUGUCUCAAACCAGUUGAUUUCUUCUCCCUGCCCACUUUCAUAGAUCCAAAGGUUGAGAUUUAAAUGACAAUAAUUUAUGAUUUGGACCAAGUGAAGGCAGAAGAGUUGAGACUGAGACAUUGUGAUGUGCUCUGCAAAAAAAAAAAAAGAAAAUAAAAACCAGGGGAUUUUGUUACAGCAAGAAACAGAGAGAGAUGAGGAAGAGGAGCAGAGAUGAUGAUGAUGGGAGAUUGUCUUUGUUAGCUUGUGUGUUCAUUAUGGGAUGCCUUCUAUCCCGCUGUCGGGAUGGAAACAGCUGUUCCCCGUUACCGCAGAAACAAGAGAAAUGUUGGACAUUAAAAAAAGACUUAUUCCUACAA